CGUCUCGCCAGGGUCUGAGACGCCAAUAGGCGCUGAGUGCGCGGUUGCUUGGGCUGCGUCCGGGGUGGGGCCGCCCCUCCGGUGUAGGCUAGUUUGAUCACCAUCAUCACAUGAGCCCUUUGGGAGUGCCAGGAAUUUUCCCACAUACCAGCGGCCUGUCACUUUCCUUCUUGUCGGGAGAAGACAUCCUGGGGGAUAUUGCGCAAGGCAAGACUUUGGAGCUGGGUUUGGGCCACUCUCCUAGUGCUGCCCUUCUUUCAUUGAUGCCCUGGGCAGGGUGCACACCUCCCGCCUGGACCGAGCGCUCAUCUCACUACUCAGCGCCGUCACCAUGUUGAGCUGCCUCUUCCUCCUGAAGGCACUUCUUACUCUUGGGUCUGUGAUAUCCUGGGUGGCUUCCGGAGAGCAUGUGAAAGAAGGAGAAUGUCCUCCUAAUAGGAACCCGUGCAAAGAGCUGUGCUGCGGGGACGAGUCAUGUCCGGCCGGGCAGAAGUGCUGUCAUGAUGGCUGUGGUCGGGUCUGCCGAGGAGGCAUCGAGAAGGGGAAGAAAGGAGAUUGUCCCAGGGCUGUUCGGAAACCAUCCUGUUUCCAAAGGUGCAUCACUGACCAGACUUGUCCGGGUGUAAAGAAAUGCUGUGCUUUUGGCUGCCGCAAGAGCUGCGUGGUCCCAGUGUCCCGAACAAAGCUGGAGUCUGGAGGUGAAUGUCCGGCUGACCCCCUUCCAUGUAAGGAGCUGUGUGAUGGGGAUGCGUCCUGUCCCCAGGGGCAUAAAUGCUGUAGCACCGGCUGUGGCCACUCCUGCCGUGGAGACAUUAAGGGAGGGCGGGGUGGGGACUGUCCAAAUAUUUUGGUGGGCCUGUGCAUUGUCGGCUGCAUGAUGGAUGAGAACUGCCAGGCCGGGGAAAAGUGCUGCAAGUCAGGCUGUGGCCGCUUCUGUGUCCCGCCAGUUCUGCGACCCGAAUGGGCCAUAACCCCCAGCGAGACCCUCAGGUCUGAUUCUGAAUUAGAGACCCCAGUGUCCUAGCUGUCCUGAUUUGUCCUGAGCGGCUACGGAGGGCUUGUCCUGGCCACCAGGAAAAGGGGAUAUCUUGGGGUUGUGACCCUCCCGGGGCUCUCAUUGCCCUUCCCUGCUCUGCUUCUGUUCCUGCUGCUGCCCCGAGCACGGGAAAUCAAGCCAUGGGUUUGGGGAAUGGUGUUCGGUGCUACUUUGCCCCAGUAAAGGCUCAUGCUGGCC